AUGUGGAAGCAGGCUCUGAAAUGCUGUCUUCUGGACACGGACUGCACAAAAAUUGGGGCCUUCAGCAUCCAUCAUGGAUCAGGAAAUGGGUGGAGUGCUUUGAGAUUUUAUCCCUCCCUGAGAAGGGUCAGUUUCUUCUGUGGUGUAGUUGAUGGGGACCUGGGUUUGGUUCCCAUCCCCCACGUCAGGAAGUUCAUAACCACUUGUACCUCCAGCUCUAGCUGUUGCUGUUCCCGGCGUGUGUUGUGGCUUGGACUCCUACUGGCUGCUUUCUCCCAGGAGCAAGAGGGCAAACCUAGGAAGCUGUGCGGCAGGCACCUGCUGAUAGAAAUUACAAAACUGUGUGGCCAAACCGACUGGAGCCAGUUCGAGAUGGACGACCAAACUCCUCUGACCCAUCUCGCUCACCACUCCUUACAGACUGACGUCAAAACCUUCAGCCCUGACCAAAUCCCUUCUUCAGCCUGGGGAAGAUUCACAAGCCCAGUCCCCAUAUCUGCCUCUCAGGAGAAAGCAAUAAACACUUGGGACCCCAGGUCACCUGACUAUCAGUUUUGAAAAGACAGAAGAGUUCUCAUCCCCGUGAUUGUCCAUCCCAAUGUUGAGCGUGUGAAACUUCAGGAGAAAAAGAACAAACAAAUCAAUGCCUUCAGCAGUUUAUUUUGGGGGAUCCCCCCGAGGAAACGCAGAGGUUUCUCAGAUAAAUGCUGUCUUAAAGGGUGCACAAAAGAAGAGCUGGCCGUCGCAUGUCUCCCGUAUGUUGAUUUUUAAAACUUAAUGAUAACACAAGCAUCACUGGUGACUGAGAUGUACGAGCCAUCGUAGAAACCAUGCUAGCUUAAUAAAUACUUUCUGUGUCUAAUUUA